CAUGACAAGCAGUAAUCUGGAGCCUCCCAGAAGAGCGAGACAGUCCAGUUUUGCAGAACAAGUAGGCAGCCAGCAGGAUGUCUGGCGAGUUUGGGGAGCUCACUCAGACGCCCCUACAGAAAGUAUGGAUUCCCCGCACCAGCAGUCGCCUGAAGCAACGCAGGGGAUCCUCUGUGCCACAGUUCACCAAUUCACCAACCAUGGUGAUCAUGGUGGGGUUGCCAGCUCGAGGAAAAACCUACAUCUCCAAAAAACUCACCCGCUACCUCAACUGGAUUGGAAUCCCCACUAAAGUGUUCAAUGUUGGGCAGUAUCGCCGUGAAGCCGUCCAGACCUACAAGAAUUAUGAGUUUUUCAGACCAGACAAUGAAGAAGCCAUGCACAUCCGAAGACAGUGUGCAUUAGCAGCUCUCCGAGAUGUCCAAAUCUAUCUGAGCAUGGAAGAAGGGCAAGUUGCGGUUUUUGAUGCCACUAACACCACGCAGGAACGGCGCUCUCUCAUCCUGCAGUUUGCCAAGGAGAAUGGCUACAAAGUCUUUUUUAUUGAAUCCAUCUGCGAUGACCCUGACAUCAUCGAGGAGAACAUCACGCAAGUGAAGCUGACCAGCCCUGAUUAUAAGGACUGCAACCGGGAUGAAGUGGUAGAGGAUUUUCUCAAGCGGAUCGAGUGUUACCAGAAAACCUAUGAGCCACUGGAUGACGAGUUGGACAGCUCCCUAUCCUACAUCAAAAUCUUCAAUGUUGGCAGUCGGUACCUAGUGAACCGGGUCCAGGAUCAUGUGCAGAGCCGCACAGUCUAUUACCUUAUGAACAUUCACGUCACACCCCGCUCCAUCUACCUCAGCCGGCAUGGGGAGAGCGAACUCAACCUGCGGGGGUGCAUUGGAGGUGACUCCGGACUGUCCGAGCGUGGCAAACAGUACGCCCAUGCCUUGGCUGGCUUCAUCCGUUCUCAAUGCAUCCAUGACCUUAAAGUAUGGACGAGCCACAUGAAGCGAACAAUCCAGACUGCGGAAGCACUACAUGUGCCCUACGAACAGUGGAAAGCACUGAACGAGAUUGAUGCGGGUGUCUGUGAAGAGAUGUCAUAUGAAGAGAUCCAGGGCCAUUAUCCAGAUGAGUUUGCCCUACGAGACCAGGACAAAUAUCGGUACCGCUAUCCUAAGGGGGAGUCUUAUGAGGAUCUGGUGCAGCGCUUAGAACCUGUCAUAAUGGAGUUGGAGAGACAAGAGAACGUGCUGGUGAUCUGCCACCAAGCAGUCAUGCGCUGCCUGCUUGCCUACUUCUUGGACAAGAGUGCAGAAGAGUUACCUUACCUCAAGUGCCCACUGCACACCGUUCUCAAGCUCACACCUGUGGCCUAUGGAUGCGAGGUGGAAUCUAUUUUCCUCAACAUCGAGGCUGUGAACACACAUCGGGAACGCCCACAGCAUCUUUCCUACAAGGCUAGCCAGGCCCCCUUGUACCGGCACUACCACACCGUGCCAAUGGCUAGCCCUGAGCCAACCAAACGACCCUGCUGGAAAGAUCUGGGCCGGUCCCCUCCCCCUUGCCUGUUUGGCCCUCAGAAUGUGGCUGUGACAAGAGAUCCUGAAGAAGCACUAGAUACCGUGCCAGAACAUUAUUAGCCAGGCCGCUUAUUAAAAAGAAUCCCACCUUCCAUUCUGCUACAAAGUUACUAGUACUCAUCCAGGCAACACGGUGCAAUCCAAAGAAAUAAUGGUGGGUAUUGGGGCUCUGGACCAUUCUGCCUGACUUCAUACAUAUGUGGACCUCUCUAGAACUGUUGCAUAAAGCUUGCCUGUUUCAGGACAUGGGGCCCUGAGUGUUCACCAAGAAAGAAAAGGACUGUAAACAAACAAUUGAGGAGGGGGGAAAUGAAACACAAUCCAGACACUGAUAGGCACUUUUAAGUCCCACUGUUUUCAUUUGGAGGAACAGUUAAUCAUAUUCUUACAUUUCAUUGAAAUCAAGAGGACAUGAAAAUGCUUAACUUUACCUGGAUUAUGCCUCUUCUUUUUAUUUUGUUUUAUUUUAAUGAAAAUACAUGCUCUUUACAAUAAUUACAAUAAUUACUCUUUACAAUAAUUACAAUAAUUACUCUUUACAAUAUUACAGUAGCAAUUAAAUACAGAAGUUUUAUAGAAUAAAAA